CCGACUACUCUAUGGCGGCUCCACGUAAGUAGAUGGUAAAGGUGUAAGUGCUGUACGUAUAACGUGAAAAAGACACAGUAAGCUUGUUCUAAACAUUCCGCUUUUUCACUUUUUCAAGUGUUUGGUAAAGGACAUGUUGACAGCACUGAAAUAUUUUAAAAACAAUUGUGAAGCAAUGGCGCAUAAGUGAUUCAUGCGGUGUAAUUUGCUUGUAUUUGGGUGUGGUGUACUAUAUCGAAAGUAAGUAAAAUGAUGAGGAGUUGCGUGCAGAUAAGACCGUAAGGACGAUAAGGACGACAGUGUGUUGCUAAUGAGAUGUUCACUGAACCGUAAUACAAAAAUGAACAGUCGCCAAGUCUGAAAGAGGAUAUGUGCUUUCGUUGCAGAUCGUUGCUAUUGGUUUGUGUUUCUUUCUCACGUGGAGUUAAGUUCCAUUGUGCGCUGCACGCAUAAGCUACACCCUGCAGCUUUCGGCUUCUGACUAGGGAAGCCCUACAGUUUUGACAUUACGAUGACAACAAAUAAAGUGGUAGAAAUGAUACUAUUUCUGCUGUUAACAGUAUUGAUGUUUAUAAUAAGUAGUGGCCAGAAACUUUCAAACUGCGAGUUUAAUGUCACAUACAGUGGCCAGCCUGUAAUAUAUAACCUCACCAGGUUAUCUAGGCAGGAGAGCUGGCAGACCGCAGAUGGCGAAAACAGGGCAUCCAUCUUUGUGUGUCACACACCUUCACAAUGCCAGAACUCUUCAGUGUGUGUUUUGAGGCAACAGGAUAAAAUGUGGAAUGUGGUGAUUUCAAACUAUGGAGCAAAUUGGAAAACUGCCCAGCCAAAGAUCAACAGACCUGUACUGGAGUUGGUAGGCACACAGCCAUGCUAUGGAGGCAGGAACUAUAGUGCUGAGAUUUACUUCAAUUGCUCAAGUGCAGAGCGAGACCCAGUCCUGAUGGGUGUUAGGGACAGUUGCACACUGCUUGUGAUGUGGCAGACAGUGGCAGCUUGUCCUGUUGACAAGGGUUGUGUAUUUGGUGACAUUGACUUCAGCAGUCUCCGCCACUCUGACUACUAUGAAGUUGUAGCUGAUACAGGACAGAAAUACCUGCUGAAUCUGUGUGGGCCUGUGCGCUUGGAUGCCUGUGGAAAUAUUGAACAUGUGACAGCAUGUGAAGUUGGCAAGAACAACAGCGUAACAGUCAUUGGGCAGCUGGAUGGGCACCAUGUGCAGAUGUCAGAGAGCACAGGCAUUGCACUCCACUAUAAAGCCUCAAGUAAAGGACCGAGGACUGAGAUCCAGUUUAUAUGUAAUGCCAGUGCAGCCAACAACAGCCCGAAGUUCGUGAGGUUCUCAAAGAAGACCUACAUCUUUAAAGUGGGGACGCCACUGGCAUGCAAGGCAUGGCCUCAGGAAUGUGUGGUUUUGGACAGCAAUGGUGGCCUCAUUGAUCUGUCACCCUUGAGGAAGAACAAUGACAAUUGGGUCACACAGCCCUUGUCUUCGGGUGUCCAGUACCACAUCAAUGUGUGUGGUCCCUUGAACCCAAUGCGCACUCAUAACUGUUCAGUUGGAGUUGGUGCCUGCAUGACUAAUUCAAGUUCUUCUGUCAACAUGGGGUACAUCACCAGUGGACCAAGAGUAACUGCAUCUAACACAGUAAUUCUGGAGUACACAGGGGGUUCCCCAUGCGCUGGUGAAAGAAUGCAUAGUAUGCAGAUCAAGUUCUUGUGCUCGAAGGUGGAUGGAGUGCCAGUCUUUGUGAAGGAAACAGCCAGUUGUGUGCACUACUUAUUCUGGGAGACACCUGUAGCCUGCCCUUCACUGGUGGCUGCUGGGCAGAACUGCCUUGUAAGGGACAAGCAGUAUGGCAACAUGUUCAACCUGAUGGUGUUGCAUUCUCCUCGCGGGGGUUACCACUUGACAACAGAGGAGGGAAACAUGUACCUUAUCAAUGUAUGUGGGCCACUCAACAAGACUUGCAAUGGACAGGAAGCAAGUGUGUGCCUUACUACGCACGACCACAGGUCCUUUGCUAUAGGUUAUGUCAACAAGACAGUGCUAUAUGACAACGGUGGUCUGCGGUUUGUGCUCCAUGGAGAGGGCUGUAAUUCUGAAAGAAAUAGCAGCACUGUUACUAUCAUAUUGCUGUGCAGGCAAGGCAGCGAUCUGGGAGAGCCUGAGAUGUUCUCACGGGAUGAAGAAUGCAAUUUUUACUACAUUUGGAAUACAGUGGCUGCAUGUCCACCGUACCGGUCUGCGGAUUGCCAUGUGACACACAAUGGACAGUACUAUGACCUGAGUCAACUGUCAGACUCAAUGAGCAACCACAUAGUGUUGCAGCCACAGUUGAACCUCAGGUUCCUGCUUAAUGUGUGCCAGUCUGUUGUGUUUGGGAAAUAUGCGUCCUGUGAGUACACGGCUGCCGCAUGCCUGGUCAACUUGUCCAUCCCAGACCCUACCAGGAGCUUCACCAACAUUGGUGAUGUGGGGGAUGGUCCGUACUUCGAGAAUGACAAGCUGAAGCUGAAGUAUAAUGGUGGGGACAUUUGCCUGAAUCAGGAAGGUCCAGACCAUAUUUCAACUGUCAUAACAUUUGAAUGUGACAACAGCACGGAUCACAUGCCAGAACUUCUGCCUGGAGAUGUGUGUGUCUAUGAGUUUCUAUGGAGAACGCCAGCUGCCUGCCCUGUGAACGUGAAGUCUGAGCGGCCACAGGAGGAUGACAGCUGCACAGUGGCGAUCCCUGGCAGAGAUAACAGGGUUAACUUGCGGCCCCUGAGGAACAAAAUCAAAAUGGUGUCUGACUUGGAUGGAUAUAACUACACCUUUGUUGUUUGUGGUAACCUCUCAAGUAGUCACUGUGGCAACGGUAGUGUUGGUGUGUGCCAGUUCCAGGCACAGAAUCAGUCCCAGUUCUGGAGCGCAGGUGUGGGGAACAGCCAUUUGCACUACAAUGAGGGUGCCAUAUCACUGGAGUACACUGAUGGAGCACCAUGUAAAGAUGGACUGACUCGCAGGACCAGGAUUGAUUUUGUGUGUGAAAUGAAUGGCUCUGAGCGGGUUGCGUUCAUAGAAAAGCUGGACAGCUGCAGCUUCCUGAUCAUCUGGUACACUGAUGUGGCAUGUAGCACAAAGGUAGAAUGUUUCACCCCAGCCAGGAGCGACACUGCACCGAUAAACCUGACGCCCCUCGUCAGGCUGGAUCACAACUACAAGGUGCAGAUUCGUAAUGACACAGUGGUGUACAUCAAUGUGUGUCACCCUUUGCUGCCAGUGCAAGGCCUGAGCUGUGCAGGGGGCUCCUCUGCAUGCGUUGCACAUCUCCAGAAUGGCAGCCUAACUGAUGAGAAGAGCCUGGGCUUUGCACUGGGACCAGUGAAGGGAGACAAGGGGAGAGCCUACAUCAUGUACUCACAAGGGUCUGUGUGUGACUCAGGGCCAAACUACAGCUCCAAGUUUGAGUUCGAGUGUGAUCCAAAGAGUGGACAGGGGGAACCAGAGUUCAGAGAGCUCACUGAUGACUGCCAAUACCAGUUCAUUUGGAAGACAAGUGUGACGUGUGAACCAUUCAUAAAGAAUGUGUCUAUCAGUGAUGGGCAGUGUGUACUGAGCAAUGAGCAGAUUAAUGCAAGCAUGAACCUCUGGACACUGGCACAGCAUGGUGUGAUGCAGGUCGAGGAGUACUCUGUGAACCUGUGCAGUACGGGGACGGUCAUGCGCACCAGUGACUUCAAGUUGUAUGGCACUCUAACUAGUGUGGUGUUUGACUACCAGCAGCAGCAAGUGCGUCUCCUGUUCACGGGGGGUGCCAUCUGCACUUCCUCAGAGAACUACAAGGCACAGCUGCUGCUCAACUGUGACAGAGAAGCAGGCUCCAGUGGACCCAACGUGCUGACGGAUUCAAGAGUUCAUGGUUUUUAGAAAUUAUGUCAUAAGAGUUCCAUGUAUCAGUGACUAUACAUUGAAUUUUGACUGAUAAUUGUAUUUAUUAAACCCUUACAACUUAACUACUAACAGUCUAUAGUAGAGUGAAUUUAUUGACUACACAACAUGUUUCUUAUCACAUUAUCACUACAUGUUUCGACCUCAAGAGGUCAUCUUCAGGUGUAUGAACACGGCUGUAUAAUUACACGCCGUCACAUUCACUUUCCACUCAUUCAACCUUAAAGUUUGUGAAUUGAGGUUCAACUUAUGUUAUUAGUUACACUUUCACUUGUUUGUGAGGUCUCACUGUUCUUCCGCGUUCUUUGAUGUUGCUGGAUAUGUUAUGAUCGUUGUCGUGAUGGGUACUGAUGUGUCUUGCUUGUUCGGUUGGUUCCUGUAGGGUAUUGGUUGGGGGGAGCUGCGGGGUAGGUGGUUCUGGGAUAUAUUAUAUUUCUUGCAUCUGAUUUUGUUUUUAUUAAGAUAUCAUAAAUUGGGUUAUAGCUAUCAGUUAAAGCUUCGUUCAUUUGUAGAUUUUGCUUAGUUAAUUCAUAUAUGUGGAAGCUUUCUAGUGUGUUCAAUGAUUAAAAGUACUAACAGUCUCUCACCGAUUCAUGCAUUCCGUACAUCGCUGCAACUGCAGAGCACAUAAAAUCUUCUGUGUGCUCACUAGUCAGUGCUAGCUGGCGACUGCUAAUCCAACUCAAGAUUGGGUAAAUUUUGGCUGGCUCUUGCCAGCACAGUUGUUCUUGUUUCCAAGUUCCAUAGGACUCUUGACCAUACCUCACCGUAUAACUUUAUUUUUCCAUCACAACACAACAACUAAGUAAUAUCAAGGCUAAUACCCAGCUAUGCUUCACUACAUGUUUUGGCCGUUAACGGCCAUCAUCAGGUGAAUACAAAUCAACAGACGUAUACUAUUGAACUGUGGUAAAAUUAGAUACAAUGACAAAAUAGUUAGUUC